AGUGCGGCAGCCAUGUUGCCACAUGUCAAAAAUGUUCCAUGCAUGGUGAUGAAUUGAGACUUCUCAAAACCUCAAUCCACAUAUUUUAUUUCUAUGUCAUUUUAAUGUAAAACACAAAUUCUAACAAGUAACACAGUUUGCAUUCAAGCACGUGAUUUCAUCAGUGCUCGGGGUACCAGUUUGCUAUUACUAUAGCCCCGCCCCCUCUCGAGAGACAAGUACGAAGAAAUUUAUCUGCUUCAAAAGCCGCCAUCUUUGCCCAAGAAAGUUACACAUUUACAUCAACAUAUUUUACUAAAACUCACCUUUGGUGACGUCGUGAAUAUUCUUCAGUGAUGAAGUAAAGUUUCCAAAAUCAAGUCCUGAGCCAGAAUUUGAUAGAUGUUGAGUUUUAUCUAGUUUAAUACGUUUCGAAGGGGAAGAAUACCCAGAACCCUCAGAAACCAACGCCAUUUUCUCAACACCUAUAAUGACGAAACGGAAGAGGAAAUAGAUGGCGCUGGUUGGAUGUUUUGUUUCUUUCGUUAUUGGUAGUAGGGGGACCUGAAAGCAGCAAUAUGAGUGAAGGCACGGCAACUAUAAGAACGAGGAAGUUCAUGACGAACCGCCUUCUUUGUCGGAAACAAAUGGUGGUGGACGUCCUGCACCCAGGCCAGCCGUCCGUCAAGAAAACCGAGAUCAGGGAGAAGCUGGGGAAGAUGUACAAGGUGGCCCCCGACCUGGUGUUUGUGUUCGGCUUCCGGACAGCGUUCGGCGGUGGCAAGUCAACUGGGUUUGGGCUCAUCUACGACACACUGGACUUUGCCAAGAAGUUUGAACCCAAACACAGGUUACAGAGGCAUGGUUUGUAUGAGAAGCAGAAAGCCACUCGAAAGCAGCGCAAGGAGCGUAAGAACAGGAUGAAGAAGGUGCGAGGUACCAAGAAGUCCAAAGUAGGAGCGGCCGCAGGCAAGAAGUAAUCUUCUCUCACCGUAUCUUCGGCAUAAUGACGUGAAGUGUACAUCUCUUUCAAGAACAUGUUUUAUUUGCAAAAAAAUACGUGAGAAUAAAUUCCUUCUUUUUGGAA